AUGCUAAUUUUGUUCAUAGCGGUAUCUCUAUGCUUGCGACAAGAAGGGCGCUCCGCUCCUACUACUCCCUAUUCUGGACAUACAGGUGUUAAUCAACUCGGUGGAGUAUUUGUUAAUGGUCGACCAUUACCUGAUUCGACGCGCCAAAAAAUUGUUGAUUUGGCACAUCAAGGAGCUCGGCCAUGCGAUAUUUCGAGGAUUUUGCAAGUCUCUAAUGGCUGCGUAUCGAAAAUUCUGUGUCGAUAUUACGAGUCGGGUACAAUUAGGCCCCGAGCGAUCGGUGGUUCAAAACCUCGUGUUGCAACAGUCAGUGUAUGCGACAAAAUUGAAAGUUACAAACGCGAACAGCCAUCUAUUUUUGCUUGGGAAAUACGGGAUAAAUUAUUGCACGAAAAGGUGUGCUCUCCCGACACAAUACCUAGCGUAUCAUCGAUCAACAGAGUACUGCGAAAUUUAGCUGCAAAGAAGGAACAGCAAGCAAUGCAAAAUGAUUUCUACGAUCGAGCUCUGCGAUACUCUUCCACCCAGUGGUACAAUCAAUGGCCAAUGGGUGUGACUGGUGCCGUCGGUUUAGCGCAGUUGCCACCUUUAACACAGACUAAUCAUAUUGAUAAGAAGGAUUCUGAAUAUGUCGGCAUGUAUGUGUGUAUGUCUGUAUGUUGUGUACUGGGUAUGUGUGUACGUAUGUGUAGUAUCAGUGAUGCCCGACAGCGCCUGACAGAUGUCAUUCCUAAUUAA